AUGAUAUUUAUCAUUUGUCAAACUGCUUCAUUAUAUGAUCGUAAUGAUAGUGAUGAUGAUGAUGAUGAUAAUACUUAUGAAUUAUAUAAUCAAUUUAAAUCUCUUACACCUCAACAAUUAGCUGAUCUUGAUGAAUAUCUUUCACGUAAACUUGGUGAUGAAUCAUCAUCAUUAUCAUCAGGAGAAAUAUUAUAUCGCAAUACACGUCGUCCACAUCAAAAUUUAAUAGUUAAACGUGAUGCUUUAUGGACAACAACAGAAGUACUCGAAUGUAUUCGACGUUUGAAAUAUUCUAAUAAUUCAAAACUUGAUCUUGUUACAGAAAUGCUCAAUUGUUAUCGACGACUUAAACAUUCGGGUAAAUGUGUCAAUGAAACAUGCAUACAUGGUCAAUGUAUCAAUGAUAAAUGUAUUUGUAAUCCGGGAGUUACAGGUAACACAUGUAAUAUCGAUAUCAUCGAUUGUGAUACGGAAUCUUGUUUAAAUGAUGGUACAUGUAUUGAAUUAAUAAAUGGUUUUGCUUGUCAAUGUUUAUCAAAUUAUGAUGGUUCACGUUGUCAAUAUCGUCGUCGUACAAUAAGUGAUAAGAAUUGUAAAAAGAAAUGUUUGAAUAAUGGUAAAUGUAUUGUAAUAGAUAAUAUAGAAAAAUGUUUAUGUCGAUCAAAAUAUUAUGGUUCAGAAUGUGAAUAUCAACGUAAUAAUGAUAGUUUAUCAUCAAUGAGAAAAUGUCCAGUAUUAAAAUUUCGCAAUAAUCAUAAACAAGGAAAAUGUUUUGCUAUUGGUUUAACAUCAUUUUCUGAUGUUCAUUGUGAAUGUCAUUAUGAAGAUAAAACUAAAAAAUCUGCUAAUUGUCAAAUUACAUCAUCACCUUAUGCAAAAGAAAUAUGUUCGUUUAAAAAAAACUUACAUUCACUAUUUCCUUCAAAAAUAUAUGCGAAUCCCACAAAACCAGUUAGUUUAUCAAUAUUAUCGAUAUCAUCUGAUCCAAUAACUAUUCAUGUUUGUCCUGUUAAUUGGCAAAUACUUGAUCAAUACGAAAAUAUUCAAGAAAUAGCUAGUAAUGUUAAUGUAACCCCAUGUGAAUUAUUUGAAAAUUGA